UUAUCAAUAAAAAAAUCAUAAUAAAAAUGUAUACCCGAAUAAUUAUUUAUUUAAGGAAUAAGCUUUGUAUUUCAAGAUGGAUGGUGGUUUUUACGACGCUGAUGUUUAUAGGUUUUGAUAAGCGCUUAAAACCAGGUGAGCCGUGAGCUCGUCCACCCAUUUUAACAAUUUGAAAAUGAAAUACAAAAAUAAUCGAUAUCAUACUUAAUUGUUAUUGGUACAACAUUGUCUUAAGAGAAUUAAAAAAGUUGAUUUUAAUGUCUGCUAAAAAUACGCAGUGCGAAAACCGAUGCGUCAAUAUCAGGUCGUGAAGUUAGCUCUCUUUCAACGUAGUAUCGACAGUGUUAUUGACAUGGCUGAAGCGUAUUAAGAUGUGUCUAAUAUUUUCAGAUAAGUAAUAAAAGAAGAAAAGAAAAAACGUGGCCUCAAAACUCAGUCUAUCACUGUCGCUUGUAGGCGAGUUUCGCUAAGCGUGACAAGGACAAACUGUUUGUGCGCAAUUAAAUUUAUGUUCUAAGAAUUUUUAACGCAAAAACAAAAUGUUGCCUUACGGAUUCCAAUUACUUUUCCUUGUUUAUUUAAUAAGAGAAACAGGAUGUCAAAUAAACGAGGGCGACGUCUGCACGGAGGCCUACACAAACUCAGCCGGGAAAUGCACACCGGCGGAUACAUGUCGAUCAGCUAAAGAGGAUUUUGUUCAGAACGGCAUUAGACCAACGUUUUGCGCCUAUACUACCUUCGGAAUAGCUCUAGUUUGCUGUCGUGAUGGAAGCAGUAUACUUCAAACGCCGCCUUCGAGAUUAGAAAGUGCUCCUAAUGUUUGGGAUACGACGGGCAAUACAAAAAGGACCAGUGAAAGAAAGUGCGAGGAGUACAGCCGUGGCGUGGUCGAGAAGGUGGACUACCUUCCGCUUCUGCCCGACCCGGAUAUCCUGUCCAUAUCGGCGGCGAAAUGCGAUUACACCGGAAUCAAACUGAUUGUCGGCGGAGAGAACGCUAAUAACGGGGAAUUCCCGCAUAUGGCCGCCAUAGGUUGGACUAAUUUCGAAGGCUCCUACACCUUCUCCUGCGGGGGCAGCCUCAUCAGUCCCCGAUUCGUGCUGACGGCCGGACACUGCUCCAGCAACCCCCAGGCCAAGGACCCGGAACCCGUGAUCGUGAGGCUGGGGGACCAAAAUAUAGACCCCACCGUCGACGACGGAGCCAGCCCCAUUGAUGUACCGAUACGGAAGAUCAACAAGCACCCGGAAUACGCUCCACCGAUGGUCUACAACGACAUAGCACUCCUGGAGCUCGCUACUGACGUGGAGUUCUCGGCAGCCAUACGACCAGCUUGCCUGUGGACGCGGCAGGACUUCGGAGACCACGACAAGGCUCUGGCCACGGGCUGGGGAGUCACUAACACAGAGACGAGAGAAACCGCCAAGGAGCUGCAGAAGGUGUCAUUAUCGCUACUACAGAAUGAAUACUGUGAUGGUAUACUGGAAGCGAUUAGAAACAGGAGGUGGCAAGGGUUCGCGGCGACGCAGAUGUGCGCUGGCGAGCUGAGGGGAGGCAAGGAUACAUGUCAGGGCGACUCUGGAUCUCCCCUUCAAGUGGCUUCGAAGGAUAACCAGUGUAUCUUCCACGUUGUUGGAGUGACGUCGUUCGGACGUCGAUGCGCCGAGAGCGGUUACCCGGCGAUCUACACGAGGGUUGCCAGCUUCAUAGACUGGAUCGAGAGCGUAGUGUGGCCGGGAGAAUAAAAAUAUUUAUCCAGCUUUCUGCAAAUUUCUUUUGGGUUUUGUAUGUGAAGUAUCUUUGGGUGAAACUUCAUUAAAAUCAGAUUAGUAUUUUGUGCACGAAAUUUUAACCCGUUGACAGGCAUGUAUAUCUCUAAGUGUGCACUCAAGUGAUUAUGUCGAUUUUAUUGGUGGUAGGACCUCUUGUAAGGCCGCACGGGUAGGUACCACCACUCCGCCUAUUUCUGCCGUGAAGCACUAAUGCGUUUCGGUUUGAAGGAUGGGGCAGCCGUUGUAACUAUACUGAGACCUUAGAACUUAUACCUCAAUGUGGGUGGCGGCAUUUACGUUGUAGAUGUCUAUGUACUCCAGUAACCACUUAAGUCCAGGUGGGCUGUGAGGUCGUCCACCCAUCAAAGCAAUAAAAAAAAUAGGUCUCUUUGAAAUAGAUUCAUUCUCAGUAUAGUUCGGAUUCCUUUAUCCCAGAGUCUACUAGAUAUUCCGGGGCUUUAGUAACAGAAAUCGACAUGAUUCAGUGCGCCACGUAGGACACCGUUGACCUACACGCCAGUCAAAGGGUUAACAAACAUUCAGCCCUAAAAAGUCGGAUUUGCUAACGGUAGAAAAUAUUAUCUUGAAAAUCUUAAUUUUAACAUCAUCCGCCACAUAAGCUUUGGUCAGUUUCGCUCAAUGCGCUCAACUUGAGCGACAGAAUAUGUACGUAAUAAAUAAAACAAUAUUUAACAU